CUUCGCCCCUCCCCCACUGCGAUGCCCUUUUUGCUUCAAACCCCGGCUCUCUUCGCCUUUGGUUUCGGGGUCCCGCAUAAUCUGAAGAAUCAAUGUGGCUCGGUGUUGACCGAGAGUAGUGGAUGCAGUUGGCAGCGGCUGAGGUCGGCCAGACUGCCGCCAGGCUCCUUCUCGCCUUCUAGGUCGGCUGGGCCCGCUGACCCUCUAGCCGCCUCUCCACCAGGUUUCCAGCUACUGAUGUUACAAACAAUAAAAUACGGGAGCACAGAAUUGAGGAAAAGACUUAAACCAGGACUUUUCUUCAAUUAGUUAAAAAUAUGGAUCCUGAAAAAGGGAGCUCACAGACUGUGAAAGUGACACCUUUUCAGCAAAUUCUUGCCUCCUGUACUGGAGCAAUAUUGACAUCACUAAUGGUAACACCCCUGGAUGUUAUUAAAAUUCGACUCCAAGCCCAGCAUACCCCAUUCCCCAAAGGAAAAUGUUUUGUGUAUAGUAAUGGACUCAUGGAUCAUAUGUGUGUCUGUGAAGAGGGAGGCAACAAAGCAUGGUAUAAGAAGCCAGGAAAUUUUCAGGGGACAUUGGAUGCCUUUUUUAAAAUCAUUAGAAAUGAAGGCAUUAAAUCCCUGUGGAGCGGCCUUCCUCCUACUCUAGUGAUGGCAGUUCCUGCCACAGUUAUUUAUUUCACCUGCUAUGAUCAAUUAAGUGCUUUUCUGAGAUCUAAAUUAGGAGAAAAUGAAACCCGAAUACCAAUUGUUGCUGGAUUUGUGGCCAGAUUUGGUGCAGUAACUGUGAUAAGUCCAUUAGAAUUGAUUAGAACUAAGAUGCAGUCUAAGAAGUUUUCUUAUGAGGAACUGCAUCGAUUUGUCAGCAAGAAAGUAGCUGAAGAUGGUUGGAUUUCACUUUGGAAGGGCUGGGUUCCCACUAUCCUUAGAGAUGUACCUUUCUCAGCAAUGUACUGGUAUAACUAUGAAAUUUUAAAGAAGUGGUUGUGUGAGAAAUCUGGUUUAUAUGAACCCACAUUUAUGAUCAACUUUACUUCAGGGGCAUUGUCUGGUUCUUUUGCAGCUGUUGCAACUUUACCAUUUGAUGUGGUAAAAACCCAAAAGCAGACUCAACUUUGGAUAUAUGAAAGUCAAAAAAUUUCUAUGCCUUCCCACAUGUCAACCUGGUUUAUAAUGAAAAAUAUUGUUGCUAAAGAUGGAUUAUCUGGAUUAUUUACAGGCCUGAUUCCUCGCUUAAUUAAAAUUGCUCCUGCUUGUGCCAUUAUGAUCAGUACAUAUGAAUUUGGAAAGGCUUUUUUCCAGAAACAAAAUAUUCAAAGGCAACAAUUCUAGUGAUGCCAUUUCAACUUGAAACAACAAUAACCAAAUAAGGUGGAGAUUCUUGGGCAAGAACUUUUUUUCAAGUUAUUCUGUUACAAUGAUUUUAUGUUUUUCUUUCCAAUAAUUUAAAUGAAUAUUUCUAUUGUACCUCUUAAGUCAUAAUCCCAAUUUUAAAAUAAAAAUUGUCUUAUUUUUGGAGAUUUUUUAAAAGAUAAUUUAGAAAUCACAACCACUUAGAAUUAUUAUAAAGAAAACUGAAAAUUAUUCCAUAAUAUCAAAAGCAGUUUCUGAGAAUUUGAUAUACAUACAUUUCAGUGUAACUUAAUCUUAUUGUAUGUCAGAUACAUCAGAAUUGUUUUAGUUGUGUGCUAAAUGAUGUGUAGCAUGGUAGGAAAAAAGUUCACCUUGUGCACAUAUAAAUCAUGUACAUAGAAAUUUUAGUAGAUAAUAGAAGGCAGUUGUUAAAUAACAUAUUUGCCAGAUAUUACCUGUUAAUUUCUUAAAUCCAAAUGCAUUGUUUGGCACCCAAGUUACUCUGUUAGGGUCUUGUGUGAAUUAGGAUUUCUCUAAUUAAAGGAAUGACAAUUUAAUCUGUAUGAAUCAUUUGUGUGAUGUGGAUCUUGCCACUUUGGAUGAUGAAAGACCUUAUCUACUGUUUCUGUAAAAAGGGGAGUUUUUACUGAUUGUAGGAAAUGUUCAUUUCACUCAAACUUGGGUUUUCAGUGGAAAACAGUAUUGCAUUUAGACUAAUCUUAAGUAAGUAGUCUGGGCACAUGAAUAGCCUUUGGUUUUUAUCCAAUGAGUAAUCAAAGUAUCAUUAUUGAUAGGAGUUCUUUAGUUCAUCUCUAUUGACUGUUUCUAACAAGAUAGAUAUCAUGACAGGUUGAGCUUCCCUAAUCUGAAAAUCCAAAAUCUGCAGUGCUCUAAAAAUCUGCAGUGCUCUAAAAAUCUGAAACUUUUUGAGUGUUGACAUGACACCACAAGUGGAAAAUUCUACAUCUGACUUCAUGUGAUACAUUGUGUACAAAAUGCAGGGACACUAAAAUAUUGUACAAAAUUAUCUCCAGGCUAUGUAUAUAAGGUACACAUGAAACCUAAAUAAUUUUAUAGUUAGACUGGGUUCCUGCCCUAUAAAAUCUCAUUAUGUAUAUGUAAAUAUCCCAAAAUCCAAAAAGAAAAAAAAUCAGAAAUCCAUUAUACUUCUGUUUCUAAGCAUUUUGGAUAAGGGAUACUCAACCUAUACUAUAAUAAAUGUCAUAAAGUAUUUUAAAAAAAAGUCCCUCGAUUUUAUACUAUCUCACAUUUAUCACAAGACUAAAUGAGCUUUUCAUUCAAGAAAUUGUACAUGAUUAAUUUAGUUUAUAACUGUAUGUAGGAAUGAUAUAGAAAAAUGAUAUGAUUGGGCUGGGAAUGCAGCUCAGUGGUAGAGUGCUUGCCUAGUAUGGAGGAGACCCUGGAUUUAAUACCCAGCAUAGGGUGGUAGAAGGAUAUACUAGCAGGACAAGAAAUUAUAUUUUUAAAAAUAUAUUUUUAACUUUCCCAGGAUCUAUAUCCUAUAAGAGAAAGCACUUUAUUACAUUGUUUUAUGAAAAUGAGAAGCAUUUUUCCCCUGAAAGUAAUGUAUUUUGGUGACAGAUCUUUUCUCUUGUUGGUAGGGGAAAUAAUAUAUUUCGUAUUAUAGUAGAAAAGCAUGUAAAUGUUUCACCAGAAAUAAACUAUGUAGGGUUUAAUGGAACCUUUUUUUAUUUUUUUAAUCCUAUGUUGACUUACCGUAAACUUGAUAUAAACAUAAAUACUCAAGACUUUGUUAUAUUUUGUUAUUUUAUGCAUACUUAAAAUUAUCAUUGUGCUUCUAGCUAAGUGGUUUUAAUAUACAAUCAUUAUGUAACUCUAUUAUAUAUAAAUGAAAGUUUAUUUUGAACACUGCUAUUUAAAAUUAUUAAAUUUAAAUUUACUUUG